AUGACUAACAUCGACGAGACUCCCCUGAGCGCCGUCUUCCAUGAGCGCCGCAACUCGCUGGAGAAGCACCUCCAAACACGCCCCGACAUGCAGGAUCUCAAGGACCGCCAUAUCCUGCUUGACACGAAUGUCGCUCCUGCCCUGCAGUCCGCUCGCCAGGAACUCGAUCGCCAGCGCGCCCAAGACAGCCUGAAGAAGAACCUCGAGAAGCGACCUGACCGCGGUGAGCUUGUUGAACGCAACAUCCUCCCCGCCACGAACGCCGCCCCGGCCCUCCAAGCGCACGCCCGUGAACUCGAGAAGCACAUGCUGGCUGACAACCUGGAGCACAAGAUCCAAAACCGACCAGACCCCGAGGAGCUCAUUUCACAGGGCAUUCUCGAGGAAGACGAGGAUCCGCGAUCGCCGACUGCGUGA